AUGUAUCAUCCUCCUCCUCCUCCUCCCCAACCAAAAUAUUAUCCCCCUCCACAGCCGAUGUAUCAUCCUCCUCCUCCUCCCCAACCAAAAUAUUAUCCCCCUCCUCAGCCGAAAUAUCAUCCUCCCCCUCCUCCACCGAGUUAUUCUGCCCCUCAACCAACUUAUUCUGCUCCCAAACCCAUGACCUACAUGGAGCAGCCUCCACCUUCUUCUGGUGGAUACAUGACUGGCGGUUACCGUCGACACAGAACUAAGAGAUCCGGAAAUCUCAUUGGAGUCAGCAGUGAUCUCGAGUGCAACAAUUCUAUGCUAAAGAAGAUAAUGAAGAAGGUAAUGACCGAAGAUGAAGCUGAAUCACGGUCAAACAUAAGUGCCGCUAUUCGAGGAAAGACGGCCAAUUGGCAGUGUUCUGCACGUCAAGUCCAUUCAAAGUUCACGAUAUCGGACAACGCCGAAUUUUGCGCUGUUAGAAACACCAAACUUACGUGCUAUGCUUUCACUUUCUAG